GUAGCAUUACACUGUAAAUUAGCUGUCGGUAGCCAAGUCAGCGUGUGUUAUCUCGAUUAACUCACAUUGUCAUUUCAUAUGUUCUGCGCAUAUUAUGGUUUGUGAACGCUUCGGUACCGAGCGCUGACAACCUAGACAGAAAAGUCGGAAUAUUUUAAGUCACACGACUUCCUGAUGGGCUGUGUUGAUGCCGAAAUAAAAAGUGGUUAACGCUGAUUCGAUCAAGGUCUUAGGUUAGAAUGCAUGUGACUUGUAGAUUAGAACUAAACAAGACCAUUGCUAAUGUAUUGAUUGAUCAAUGGAGUUCAGUAUGAGGGGGUCGCCAUACGAGAAUGACACCGAAUGCACCGUCUACUUUGGUCACCAGUUGCAGCUUAACGGAGCGCUGCGUUACUUUCUGAGGCAAUGAGUAACUGCUAAACGCUUUUUUAAUUUUGUACAAAGUCAGUUAAAUUAUUUUAGAAAUAUAAUGCAUAUUUAGCUACAUUGCUAGUGAAUGUAAACUACUGUAAUGGGUUAUAGCGGUAUUUAACCCAGAAAAAACAAGUGGAUCUGUCAAAGUUAGCCAAAGAACCAUCUGCUUUCUCUCUGUCCACUCGGGGUCUCAGGAAGGGGUGCAGAUGCAGGUUGGAGAUGAGCUCUCCACAGUAGCUGUGUUCUCUGGACCUGUGAUCCUGGCAGCCCUAUAUGGCGUGCCCUGUCCAGUUCAUUUGCAGGGGGAUUCGCACUGUUGGACUAGUUCUCCUUUACUACGUCUUCUCUAUAGGCAUCACCUUCUAUAACAAAUGGCUUAUGAAGGGCUUCCACUAUCCCCUCUUCAUGACUUUAGUCCACCUCACCGCCAACUUCUGCCUUUCGGCUCUGACGCGACGGGCCAUGCAGUGUUGGACAGGCAAACCCCGUGUCAUACUGAGCUGGAAAGAUUACCUCUAUAAAGUGGCUCCAACAGCCUUAGCAACAGCAUUGGAUAUUGGACUUUCCAACUGGAGCUUCCUUUUCAUCACUAUUAGCUUGUAUACCAUGACCAAGUCAACAGCAGUGCUCUUUAUCCUCUUUUUCUCCCUGGUCUUUAAACUUGAGGAGCCGAAUCCAUUCCUGAUCCUGGUGGUCCUGCUGAUCUCUUGUGGUCUGUUUAUGUUUACAUUUGAGUCAACCCAGUUUAACCUGGAGGGCUUCAUCAUGGUGCUCCUGGCGUCCUUCAUAGGGGGGAUCCGCUGGACCCUCACCCAGGUCCUCAUGCAGAAAGCAGAGCUUGGCCUUCAGAACCCAGUAGACGCCAUAUACCAUCUCCAACCUCUCAUGUUCCUUGGCCUCUUUCCCCUCUUCCUGUAUAACGAAGGACUGAGCCUCAGCACCUCAGAUAAGUUAUUCCGGGUGACGGAGCUCUCACCUCUCCUGUAUUCACUCCUCACACUGGGUAUUGGCGGCUCCCUGGCCUUUGGUUUGGGCUUCUCAGAGUUCCUGCUAGUCUCCCGCACCUCCAGCCUCACUUUAUCCAUAUCAGGGAUCUUUAAGGAGGUGUGUACUCUGCUUUUGGCAGCAUCUCUGAUGGGAGACAAAAUGAGCGCACUUAAUUGGCUGGGAUUCGCUGUGUGUGUGUGUGGCAUUGCAUUACAUGUGGGACUCAAGACAUAUUAUUCAAAAAAUAAAGGCCCAUCUUUAAGGCAGCUCAACAGUAAAAGUCCGGAGCUUGAGUUGCCUUUACUGCAGCAGAACGGAGACCACAGAGACGACUUGGCAGCUGAUGAAUACAAUGAUGAAGAUGAGGAACAAGAAAUCACUCUCCAUUGAUAUCACUAGAUUUGGACCAAUACUAUUCAUACCUUUAAACUCCAGCUCCCAUCAGGUGGUUUGAACAGUCAUGUCAAAGCUUUAGAGCACAUGUUUAGGACACACUGCCACAAAAAGAGGGAACAGCCUCUUCAGUGCUUUUCCUCCACUGAUCAUCUCGUCAGGCCAGAGCCUCACUAUCAGCUGUACGUUAGCUGUGGACUUGACACAAGUUAUGAUCUUUUGCCUUAGGGGAACUUAAAAAAUGUAGCCAAUGCAUCCAACUGUCAACAAAGUAUGAUGUAUGGAGAGAGAGGGUGUUAACAGCUUUAAAGGAUACACUUUGAAAUGUAGUGGGUCAUUUUUCUUUGCUUGUAUAAGUGUCUGUUUUAGGAAAAAUCUACUAGGAUUUGAAGUGUCCUGCUAUCCCGGUAAUACAGAGUGGUAAACGCGUUAACCUAACGUCAGAUUAAGUAUGUAGCCUGAUUCCUCAGAGAGGGACAUCGUUAACUUAAUUUGUGUAAAAACAAGAUAAUAGUAGAUGUAUGAUACACUUCCUCAGAUAACUAUAUUUGCAGAUGGCUUGACUGUUCCUCUUUAUGGGCUGAGUUAACAGUGAUGUCUGUAGGGCUGCAACAUUCAAUUAUGACAAUAAAUCUGCCGAUUCUUAUUUAAUUGCAGAAUUGUUUGGUGUAAAGAUGCCCUUUGCUGUUUCCUAUAGCCUUUGGUGUGUUUUGUCCAACCAACUGUCCAGAAGUUCAGGUGCUGCCACAUAACACAAAGAAACACGCAAAUCUGAAAGCUCGGAUUGGGGGAAUGUGUGGUAUUUUUUUAAUUGAUUUUAAAAAAAUAAGUUGCUGACUGAUUUUCUGCCAGUCGACUGAUCAAUGAAUGGACUGUUUCCGUACCUUUCUGCGCCUUUUGAAUUUAAAUGUUUAGGCCUCAAAUGUGACUACCAAAUAAAACCCUGUGAGUCCGAGCCCUCAAUAGAAAUCAUUGAGACACAGCACUAUUGCAGAUGUCAGAAUGAUGCCCUCAGAAUGUGAAUGUCAAUUUAUCCAUGAAAUUAUAUCUUGUUAUUGGAACAUGUCCCAGUAUGGUAGAACAUUUUUUUUGUAAAUCAAAGUUUCAUCAAACUCUGGCUGAACAUGUUGCAUUAAUUUAAACUAAGUAACGAGCUGCAGGGUUAACUGAAUCUUUAACCAAUGGUCACAGUUCCAGUCACUGUUUGAAGACAUGUAAAAUGACCUACCUUAAUGUGCCUUGCUAACAUCAAAGUAGUCAGGAAGACGACUUUAAAGAGCUAAUUUUAAAAAUCAUAAUUGAUGAUUUAGUCCGUUUAGGUAGCUGAAGUACCUGAGUUUAAAGCCAUUUAAGAGGUAAACCUUUUUGAAUGUUUGUUGCCAUGAUUUACUGUAAAAUGCAGCAUUGUCGUAAUGUGCUGAGAAUAAAGUAAAACAUUUGUGAUAACUGA